CUCGGUCAUGAGUGUCCCGGGGCAGCCGGUUUGCGCGCAGCUUCCAGAAUAUACACAAGAUGCGAAAACCAAUCCGCCUGCCGAGAUGACCAUGGGUCCGGCUCCCGGGAUGACCAUGGCUCCCGGGAUGACCAUGGGUCCGGCUCCCGGGAUGACCAUGGCUCCCGCUCCCGCGAUGACCAUGGCUCCCGGGAUGACCAUGGGUCCGGCUCCCGGGAUGACCAUGGGUCCGGCUCCCGGGAUGACCAUGGGUCCGGCUCCCGCGAUGACCAUGGGUCCAGCUCCCGCGAUGACCAUGGGCUCCGGGAUGGCGGUGGGACCCGUUUCCGGGAUGAUAAUGGCUCAGGCUCCCGGGGUGACCAUCGCCGCGGCCCCCAAUGUUUCUGUGCAACGGGCACAGAGCCACGACUUUCUGGUGUGGUCCAUCUUCAACGUGAUUCACAUGAACAUAUUCUGCCUCGGCUUUAUCGCGGUGGCUUUUUCUGUGAAGGCCAGAGACCGGAAACUUGUUGGUGAUCUGGAUGGAGUCAGACACUACGGCAACACAGCUAAAUACCUCAACAUUGCAGCAACUGUUCUCUGUCUCCUUGUCUACCUAAUUCUGAUUAUAUUAGCAUGUCUGGGUGUUUUUACCACGAGUUAUUAUUAUGGGUAAAAAGCAGCCUGUGGGGUCUGGGAGAGGAGGUGUCAUCAUAUCAUAAUAGUUUCUGAACUGCUUCAAAACUUUAAGACCUGGACUGUUAUCCUGUCUUGUGUUAAUGCCAAGCUAGUUCAAAAGGAUG